AUGACAAGCUUGUUAAAAACUAACAACUAAAAUUAGCAACAUUUUAACUCACCAGGGAAUAAAUCUUUUAAUCUUGAUGUUACUAAUUCAAACGAUACAAGUGAAAUGAGAUAAAUAAAGCUAAAUUAUAAUAGCCCUGAAAGAUUAAGUCGUCAAAAUAGAGAAAAAAGUGUGAAUGAUUAUUCGCCAAACUUAAAUACAAAUCAAUCAAGCAAUAAAGUCAAAAAAGUCUUCAUAUACACUGGCUCUGACUCUGAUUAGAAUAAACGCGAAACGGUUUCUCCAAAAUUAUCAAAUGAAAAUACUUAAUUUUAGAAUAAAAAGGAGCCAUAAACACCUCUUCCUAAUUACUAAAAUAAGUAAGGAGCUAAUAAGGGUAUCCUAAAGCUCAAUAGAUAAACUCCUUAAUCAAAUUAGAGUAGCGAACCUUUUUAAUAUGCAAAAGAUUAAAAUUUAAGCUUGAGCAGUGUAGAGUAAAAUUAGAGAAUGCAAACGCAUUAUAUAUAAAAAAACGAUUCGAAUUUAGAUUCUUUCUAACAAAAAGCAAGCUAAUCUAUUUAGUUAAUGCCUCUUUAUUAAAGUAAAGCUAAUGUGAACCAAAAAGAAUUUAAUGACAUAAAUUUUUAAAAAAAUAAUUUUUAUCAAUCCUAUAGCACAUAAAUUAAUUUUGUAAAAUAAAAUUCUAUUUCAAGCAAUGAAGGGGCUCAUAGUGAUUAAACUCAUAAUAAAUAAUCAAGCUAUCGUAAAAAUAGUUCUAUGCUUCUAUCUAAAAAUUAAAAUGUUUAUGGUGAUUUUUAAAAGAAUUCUUUGUAAAACAAUACAAAAUUUAAUCAUUCUGUUGAUUUUUCUACAACAAGUAAUGGUGGUUUUAGUGAUAUAAAUACGACUAUCACGAAUUAAAGAACACCUUUUUUAAGCCCAGAAACGAAUCUUGCAUCACCUUUGCUUGAAAAAGUUAGAAACUCCUAAUUUUUAAAUAAAGAGAAUUUUUCUCUCAGUUUAAAUGAAUAAUCCCCUUUUAAGGCAACAAAUUAAAAAUUUAGAAUAUCUAAAAAUAAUAGUUCUUUUUCUGAGCAUGUCAGCUAGGUAGAAUUAGAAAACGGAGAUGAUUAGGAGAACAAUAAUGCUAUUGAAAGAAAACAUUCUCUAAAUCAUAAAUUUAAUCAUUGUUAAAGUUACAUCAGAAAAAGAAUUUAGUCUAUUGAAAAUCAGAAACCUAAAGGAUCACUUCCUUAUAUAAAUGAAGAUAUUAGUGAAGAGAAUGGAGCACUUUCGUUUAAAGAAUCUAAUUAUACAUAGGAAGAAGUUAAUAGGAAAAAAAGAAUGCUUAUAGAAAGGUUAAAAAAAGGGUCUACUCCCAAUAAAUUUCAUUAUGAUGAGCAUUACGAUAAUUAAAAAAUUGAAGAUAAAUUGUAUGAUCCAAGCAGCAUAUCAAUACAUCACCCUUCAAGAAAUAUUUAUGAUCAUAAAAAUCCUUUGAAAGCUUAUCAAGUUAGAAGCAAUAUUCCUCUUUCAAAUAUGAGAAUAGUUACAGAUCCUAACACUUACACACAUUAACUUUACCAUAGAGCAAAUUAGAAAAGAUAAAAAGAUUAAGAAAGAGUAGUACAGUUACUAGAAGAGCAAAAUAAAAUAAUGGACCGUAUAAUAUCAAAGUACCAUAAAAGGGCAGAAUAAGAGGAAAAUUAAUUAAAGUUAAAAUUACAAGAAUUGGAAAAAGAUAGAGAUUAAUUAGUUAAGCUGAAAGAAUAAGAGUCUAUGCUUGGAUUGAUGCAUAUUAAUCUUAGUCAAAAAGUAGACUAAUUUAAGAAGAAUAUGAAUUAUUACAAUUCCUAAAUGGCACCCAACAUGCCUUAAUUGCGUCCAAAUAUGGAAAAUGCGUUUUCUGAUUUGCACGAUAUAGCUUUCUUAGAUAGCAUUUUAAAAUAGUAAUAGUUUAAAUAGCUUUAAAAGCAAAAGCAAUUGAUUAGACCUAGAAAUAAAUCAAUGGUUUCUUAAUACAAUAAUAAAAUAUGA